AUGAAAGCUCCCAACCUGUCGCUUCUCCUGUUUCCACUGGUUGUAGAUGCUUUGGACAGUGCCCAAAGGGCUGAGCUGGCAGCGAGCCUUCCUUGCAUCCGUUUUGUGUCUUCCGAGCUGACUUUCAUGCAACGACCGCGAAGUACUGAUGCAGUCGGAACUCCCAAGGCACUUUCCCUGUCGGAGACAUCGGACAGGCCGGCAUUCGUGGCCCAGGCGCAGCCGCCUACUUCGCCAGCGCGCUCCUUGCCACAGAAUUCGGACAGGCAAGUUCCUUCAGUGGUCCAGGUGCAGCAGCCCUCUCUGCCAGCAUCUUCCCUCCCGCAGACUUCGGACAGGCAAGUUUCUUCCGUGCAGCAGCCCUCUCUGCCAGCAUCUUCCCUCCCGCAGACUUCGGACAGGCAAGUUGCUUCCGUCGUCCCGACCCAGGUGCAGCAACCCUCUCUGCCAGCAUCUUCCCUCCCGCAGACUUCGGACAGGCAAGUUGUUUCCGUCGUCCCGACCCAGGCCCAACAGCUCACUCCACUGCAGACUUCGGACAGGCAAGUUCCUUCCGUGGCCCUGAAGUCUGAUCUGUCACCGCAAGCGCGGUUUGCGGCGACGCUGAGUUUGGCACUGAUCGUGAAAGCUCUCUGCAUGCUCAGCAACGUGAUUUGCUAUAUAUCACCUCUGCCACAGGUGCAGCAAUUUCAGAAAGUGGGAGACACUGGUGAAGCAGACUCAGCUCCGUUCAUGUCCAUCCUCUAUGCUGGGUGGCAAUGGUGCUUUUAUGGCACAUUCGCGUACCUCGUGACCCAGAAAAGUGGAUUUCUGGUGCUGUUCUAUUCCAACGUUGCCGGUGCUGUUCUUGGUAUAUACUAUGUGUGGGGCUUCCAACGAAACUGUCGAGACAGCAAGGCGUUGCAGCAGCUGCACCUCUACUUCCGCGCUGUGGCUGUCAUCGUGUGCUUGCAGUGUCUAGCGAUUUGCUCUUUGAGCCGCGGGAAUGCGCUCUUCUUCAGUGGCCUCAUGUCCUCCCUGUCCAGCAUUGUGAGUGCUACGUCUCUGUGCUCCACUUUGCCGAAGGUCAUCAAGACUCAGUGCUCGGCUUCCAUUAAUGUGGAGCUGCUCGUGGUGGGCUUGUGUUCUUCUGUGCUGUGGGUCAGCUGUGGGCUGAUGCUGUGGGACAUGUGGAUCACCGUGCCGAAUCUCUUCUGCUUCACCAUCCAGCUCGCUUGUGGCUUCUUUGCUCUCCUGUUUCCCAGGGAGGAACAGGGGGACCUAAUACACAUGCCUUCAAGAUCACCGGUCUGCGCUUGGCUGCUGCCAGCAGAGCAUGACAAUGAAGCACAAGCGGAAGAACACACUUGCGCCUCUUCGCGGCCAACCCUUGCUGGACGUACUGCCGCAGCGGCUGCCGCAAUCCGUGCCGCCCUGGCAGCAUCUGAAGCCAGGCAGGCUGCGCAUUGGGCACCGCAGGACUAUGGAAGUACAGUGUCUGCAGGCACUGCAGGGACGGGCGGCACCUGGUAG